GAGCCAUGAGGCGGAGAGAGAAGCGGCUGCUGCAGGUCACCGGGCUGCUGCUGGCGGCUCUGCUCUUCCUGCCCAACGUGGGCCUCUGGUCCCUGUACCGGGACCGGGUGUUCGAUCCCUCACCCGCCUCUGUGGACGGACCGGCCGGCGGCUCCGCGGCGCAGGGCUUGAAUCAACGAGUGGUCGAGGUGGGCGUUGACGGCGUGCGGCGGGUCGACUGGCACGACUACGACUCCAUAAGAAGAGACGCUGCUCGUGUCGGUAACGGAGAGCAGGGGAAGCCGUUCCCUCUGACAGAAACUGACCAGGUGGACCAGGCCUACAGAGAAAACGGCUUCAACAUCUACGUCAGCAACCGGAUCUCUCUCAACCGCUCGCUGCCCGACAUCCGCCACGAGAACUGCAAACAGAAGCUGUACGCAGAGAGGCUGCCCAACACCAGCAUCAUCAUCCCGUUUCACAACGAGGGCUGGUCGUCGCUGCUGAGGACGGUCCACAGCGUGCUCAACCGCUCGCCUCCACAGCUCAUCGCAGAGAUCGUCCUGGUCGACGACUUCAGCGACAAAGAGCACCUGAAGACGGCCCUGGAGGAGUACAUGACCCGGAUGGCCAAGGUUCGAAUUCUGAGGACCAAGAAGAGGGAGGGUCUGAUCAGGACCCGGCUGCUCGGGGCCUCCGUGGCUAAAGGCGAGGUCAUCACCUUCCUGGACUCUCACUGCGAGGCCAACGUCAACUGGCUGCCUCCUCUGCUGGACCGAAUCGCCCAGAACAGGAAGACCAUUGUGUGUCCCAUGAUUGACGUCAUCGACCACGAUAACUUUGGCUACGGCACGCAGGCCGGGGACGCCAUGCGCGGCGCCUUCGACUGGGAGAUGUACUACAAACGGAUCCCCAUUCCUCCGGAGAUGAAGAGGGACGACCCGACAGAGCCUUUUGAGUCUCCGGUGAUGGCAGGUGGGCUGUUUGCUGUGGACAGGAAGUGGUUCUGGGAACUGGGAGGAUACGACACUGGUCUGGAGAUUUGGGGAGGAGAGCAGUACGAGAUUUCAUUCAAGGUGUGGAUGUGUGGCGGUCGGAUGGAGGACAUCCCGUGCUCAAGGGUGGGACACAUCUACCGUAAAUACGUCCCCUACAAGGUUCCUGGUGGCAUCAGUUUGGCCAAGAACCUGAAGCGCGUUGCGGAGGUCUGGAUGGACGAGUACGCCGAGUACGUUUACCAGCGCCGGCCCGAGUACCGCCACCUGUCGGCAGGAGACAUGACGGCGCAGAAGGAGCUGCGCAGCCGGCUGAACUGCAACAGCUUCAGGUGGUUCAUGCAGGAGGUGGCCUGGGACCUGCCGAGACACUACCCUCCGGUGGAGCCUCCUGCCGCUGCGUGGGGGGAGAUCAGGAACGUUGGCAGUGGGAUGUGCAUGGAGAUCAAACACUUCGUCUCCGGGAGUCCCAUCCGCCUGGAGACCUGCGUGAAGAGCCGCGGUGAAGCCGGCUGGAGUCACGGACAGGUGCUGACCUUUGGUUGGAGGGAGGACAUCCGGGUGGGCGACCCCAUGCACACGAGGAAGGUGUGCUUUGAUGCGGUGUCCCCCAGCAGCCCCGUCACGCUGUACGACUGCCACGGCAUGAAAGGCAACCAGCUGUGGAGCUACAGGAAGGACAAGAGUCUGUUUCACCCCGUCAGCAACAGCUGCAUCGACAGCAGUACGAGCGAGCGGCGGGUCUUCAUGAACACGUGCGACCCCGGCUCUCCGAGCCAGCAGUGGCUGUUCGAGCGAACCAACGCCACCGUGCUGGAGCACUUCAACCGGGGCGCCAACUGAGGUCACUGAGCUGCGACACGAGGCUUCUUCUGAGGAAGUGAUCCUGAAACGGUGAUCGCAUUUGUGCACAUAAGAAUGGAAGUUUCAACAGCGCAACGUGCCGCCUCUCAAA